CCGGAUGUAGCUUCACCUGCUCAGUCUGCUCCGCUACCGACAGACUACAGACUACAGACAGACUACAGACAGACUGCCGGCUCGUUGUCUCUCUCUCUCUGAGGAAACAAUGAAUAAAGUUUUGUUGUUGUUGGUGUUUAUCUCUCCGGGGACGAGCACUUCCGGUCUGAAGAGAAUCACCAAAACUCAGGUGCAGGGCUUCGACUGGAAGAACUGUGGUCGUCCAGACGCUCCGGCCCUCCUGAAGACUCUGACCGUUACUCCUGAUCCCGUCUCCAUCCCCGGAGACCUGCAGGCCUCAGCGUCUGGAUCCACAUCUGUGGAUCUGGCUGCCCCGCUGCCUGUGAACGUGACCAUGGAGAAGGAGGUGGCAGGUUUCUGGGUGAGGGUUCCGUGUGUGGAGGAGUUGGGCAGCUGUCACUACAAAGACGUCUGUGAUCUGCUGACUCAGCUGAUCCCUCCGGGUCAAGACUGUCCAGAACCGCUGCACACCUACGGGCUGCCCUGUCACUGUCCCUUUAAGGCUGGCUCGUACUCCCUCCCUCAGUCAGACUUCUACCUGCCCAUCAUGGACCUCCCCUCCUGGCUGACUAACGGUAACUACCGGGUGCAGGGCGUCCUCGGUACCGGGGACAACGAGCUGGGCUGCCUCAAAGUGUCGCUGUCCCUCCGCUCAGACUGACCGUCACACAGAAACAGGAAGGAGGAAAUCAACAAACAAACAAUCAGAGAAAGUAGGGAUAUGAAAGCAGAAGUGGCACAAAGAUCUGAAACUGAUAACAACUCACAAAGUCUAUAAAAAGAUUUGAUGUGAGAAACACAAGAAACAUUUUAUGAACUUAAAACUAUAAAACGGUAGAAGAAAAGGUCAAACCGUUCAUAUGAUCAAAGAUCAAAGAAAACAUGGUGACGUAUUGAUUUUUAUUUUUAAUAAAGUCACUCUGGAUGGAAAUAAUUACAUUUUAAUAUUGUUUCUCUAGAUUAAGAGGUAAUUCUUUUUUAAAUAUACAUAUAUAUCAAGAAAACAAGAUAGUUAAUUAAUGGUUAGAGAAAAUAAAAGGUUGUUAAUUAAUAAUGUUUGUGUCAAAUCAGUCGACAGUAAAUGUUCAAAAGAUGAUCUGACGGAGAGGAAGUUGUCUGCUUUUCAAAAUAAGGUGUUAACGAGGGUUCAAACAAAACACAUAAAUACAUACAUAGAGCUAUAGAUCAAUACAUAUAAAUAUGUUGCCUUUAAAUGCACAGGGAGCCAAAAGGAAGCAGCUGUUCACAUCUGCAUUUCUGUAAGAAUUGAACAUAUUAAAAAUACUUUUUUACUUUG